AUGACCUCUGUCUACGGUAGCACGGUGCCUACUACAGCCUUCUACAGCGGACAAACUUUGACUCUGGGAGGCUCGGCUGUGACAUUUACUAAUGUCGUCGUUGUGGUAUCUCCUGGUCUCGCGGGCCCAUCUGGCGCUACCCAUGGUGCAGGCUCAGGCGCCAAUACCAAUGAUGUUGUGUCGACAAACUCUACACCGGUAAUCAGUCUCGGAGUAGGCGGUCUUGAGGUCGCCAACCCCAACACCAGAGCAUCAAUGACCUCUGUCUACGGUAGCACGGUACCUACUACAGUCGUCUACAGCGGACAAACCUUGACUCUAGGAGGCCCCGAUGUGACGGUUACCAAUAAUGUCGGCGUGUCUCGUGAUACCACGAACCAAACUGGCGCUAGCAAUAUGGCGGACAUAUCUUUUGGUUCCGCGGACCCAACUAGCGGCACCACAGCUGCAGGCACGGGCUCCACACCCAUCGCAGCCCCUUCGCCGAACUCGUCAGCGAACAAGGUUUCAGGAGGUGUCGUUGGGCUGCUUCUGGCCCUGAUGACUUCUAUCUGGGUGUAG